AUGCCGCUCGCGCUCGCCGCCCCGCGCGUGCUCGUAUACACGCGCACCCUCGGCUUUCGGCACGACAGCAUCCCGACGGCGAUUGAGACGCUGCGCGCGCGCGGCCCGGGCGCCGGCGUCGCCUUCGAGUUCACCGAAGACGCUACGCUGUUCGCAGACGCGACGCUCGCGCGCUUCGACGCCCUCAUGUUCGUCAGCACGAGCGAGGAGGUGCUCGACGGGGCGCAGCAGCGCGCGCUCGAGCGAUACCUCCGCGCUGGCGGGGUGUAUGCCGGUGUGCACUCGGCCAGCGCGUGUCUGUACAACAACAGCGUGUAUCUCAAGGCUGUGGGGGCAUACUUUGACUACCAUCCGGACCUGCAGCCGGCCACGUUUGUGCGGCUCGACAACACACACCCCGCAACAGCGCACUUGCCCGACAGAUGGACGUUUACAGAGGAAGUAUACUACUACCGCCAAGACCCGCGGGCGGUGGGCGCGCGCGUGCUGCUCACCGUCGACGCGGGGAGCUAUGUGAACAACGCCGGGUCGCGCGGCAACUACACUUUCGGGACGCCGCACCCGAUCGCAUGGUAUAUCGAGACGCCAGAGUACGGGGACAUGGGAGCGCGCGCCGGCAGGUCGUUUUAUACAUCGCUCGGGCAUACCAACGAGACGUGGCAGGACGAGACGUUUAUCGCGCACGUCCUCGGCGGGCUUACGUGGGCGCUGGAGGGCGCGACGACGCGCGCGUACGGUUCCGGCUUGGUGGGGAAUAACGAGACGUCGGUACGCGCGUCGAGUUCCCCGAACGGAAGCGGGGCCGGGAGCGCAGCGGUGGCGAGCGGCACAAGCGGCGGGAGUGCUGCGACGCCGUCGGCGCCGGCACCAUCGCAGUCCAGCUCGGGCGCGAGAACAAUGGCAGCCGCGGGCGCCGCCGUCGGCGCGGCCGCUGCUGGCCUAUUAACGUCCUUAUGA